UGAGAAGGGAUUUGGGAAGGUCCUUGGAGGGCUGAGGGUCCCAGAUGGACCCCCCAAUCCAUCCCCGCGCUGAUUUUGGGGGAGCCGUGUGUCCCCCUGUACCUGCUUUUGUUCUGGCACCAGCUGACUGCUCCCGGUGUUCCCAGUAAAGCUUCCCAAUUCUCUGCACUCCCUGGAUGCCCAUUUUUGGGUUCAUCUGAGCUCCCCCCUCCCCCGCAGCCCACGGACCCCCCGAACCCCCCAGCCCCGGGGCUGCCGCGGGGGCCCCCAACGGCCCUCAGCCAAUCCCAAAGCGCCCACGCCGCCCGCGCCCAAUCCCAGCGCGCCGCGCUGAUGACUCAUCAGUCGCCGGGAAGACGCCUCGAAAAAAGGGCCCCAACUGCGCCCUCAGCCAAGCCCAGCGCGCCCCAAACCCCCCAAAACGGCGCCGCCCGGCUGGUUUUGGGCUGUCAGCAGCUGUCCGGCGCUGGGCAUGGAGCGUGUGCGGGGAGCUGGGGCCGUGCUGGCGGUGCUGGUGGUGCUGGGAGCCCCCCCGGCUGCGGGCGAGGAGCUGUCGGGGGUGUUCCAGUUUAUGGGAAAGUCCGAGUGUCACUUCAUCAACGGCACCGAGCGGGUGAGGCUCGUGGCGAGGUACAUCUACAACCGGGAGCAGUUUGUGCACUUUGACAGUGACGUGGGGGUCUAUGUGGGGGAUACCCCAUUUGGGGAGAGCUGGGCCAGAUACUUCAACAGCAUCCCGGGAAAGCUGGAGUACCGUCGGUCUGCGGUGGACAGGCUCUGCCGGCACAACUACGACGGGUUCACUCCGUUCCUGGUGAACCGCAGAGGUGAGCGUGGGGCAGAGCGGGUCCCCUCGGCCCCUGCCCCGGGAAUGACCCCGGAGCCCCUCAAACCCUCCCUGGGAAUCACCCCAGACCCCUCAGCCCUGCCUGUGCCCCUCCUGUCCCCCAGCGUGUCCAUCUCGCUGGUGCCGUCGAGCUCCCAGCCCGGCCCCGGCCGCCUGCUCUGCUCCGUGAUGGAUUUCUACCCUGCGCCGGUGCAGGUGCGGUGGUUCCAGGAUGGGCAGGAGCUGCCGGAGCACGUGGUGGCCACCGACGUGAUCCCCAACGGGGACUGGAGCUGCCAGGUGCUGGUGAUGCUGGAAAUCCCCCCUGGCGCGGGGUCACCUACAGCUGCCAGGUGGAGCACGUCAGCCUGGAGCACCCCCUGA